AUGUUUCGAUCACGGCUGUUACCGCGCGCAGGGAAAAGCCUAGGCCUCGGCCUUCGCACCACCGUCAAUGCCAGAAGAAGCCUGCAUCAAGUCCCAACGCUGCCUCACGACUACUCCCAGGGCGUCCCUAACCUCAUGAGCCCCGGGGGCUUCGCGAUCGCAUGGUCAGACUACAUGACUCUGAUGGUAGAGAAGCUCAAUGCCUUGACGGCCGGCACCGAACUCGAAGACAAGGACACCAAGACCAUCAGCCUCCUGACGGCCCGCGAGCCCAACCAAGCCCCCAUCUUCAACUACGCCUCCAUGGCGCACAACAACCACUUCUUCUUCCAGGGCAUAUCGCCCACAGGCACCCCCAUGCCCGACUCGCUCCGCGCCGAGCUCGAGGCGUGCUUCUCCUCCAUCGAGACGCUGCGCCGCGAGUUCGUCAUCACCGCCUCGGCCAUGUUCGGCCCCGGCUUCGUCUGGCUCGUCAAGGCCGGCAUCAACGACUACCGCCUGCUGCCGACCUACCUCGCCGGCUCGCCCUACCCCGGCGCCCACUGGCGCGCCCAGCCCACCGACAUGAACACCGUGGGCGGCGACGGCUCCGCCCGCUCCUACUUCAAGAACCAGGUCUACGGCAGCAGGAAGCGGUCCGGCGACCUGCCCCCCGGCGGCAUCGAGCUCGAGCCCCUGCUGUGCCUAAACACCUGGGAGCACGCGUGGCUGCUGGACUGGGGCGUCGGCGCCGGCGGCAACGGCGGCAAGACCGCCUAUGCCGAGGCCUGGUGGAACCUGAUUGACUGGGAAAAGGUUGCCCACAAGGCCCGGUCUACUCGGCCGGCAUUCAAGGGCGCCGCGUAG